CUUGUGUUUAUAUAGGGUUUUAUGUCAGAAUUGUGAAGAUGAACAGAGGUAAAGCAGAUGAGGAGGAACACUGGCACAACUCCACAUUAAGUGCUUUCACAUUUGAAGAUGAUGAUGACGAAUUUGCCAAGCUGAAGGAAUCCAAACGUGCAGUGAAAAGCAUCCUGGUUGAUGAUGAUGAUGAUUAUGAGGAUGAUGUUGAAAAGAUCACUUGGAGUGGAGAGCCUGUUGGAAGUAUCUCUUGGUCUGUCAAAGAGACAGCUUCCAGCAUCCGUUCAGGUGGAGAACAAGGCUUUCCAAAAAUCAGCACCACCCCCUCAUUACCGAAACAGGGUUCUGGAUACUCCCUAAGUUCCUUGUUUAAAGCAAAGAGCAAGCCAUUUCAGUCAUUUACUGAAUCUUUUAGUGAUACGUCAACCAGAAUGUAUGCACCAGAACUGCGCAAACCCAAGUCAGAGUUCCAGGACUAUCAGAGUGACUGGAGCCCUGAAGAGACGAUAAGAAGGAUGAGAAAAGGGAAGGUAUAUUCUCUGGGGAGGUUUCGCUCUCUAGAGGACAAGCUGCGACUGUUGGAUGAAGCAGUCGAAGCUCAUGAUGGCAAUGUCAUUACCGCAGUAUUAAUAUAUUUAAAGAAAUCAUUAAGUAAAGAAAUCCUUUUCCGAGAAUUGAUGUUGAGGGAAAUAGCUUUGAGGCAUUAUGUUCACUAUUUAAAAGAGAUGGGAGAACAGAAACAUUUGCUGGAAUUAAUGAAGGCUCUUGGCAGAACAGAGGACAUGGCGUUAAUGCAGUACAAGGAACAUUUAAAUAUCAGUGAUGAAGGCAAAAGGAGGGACUUUCUUAAAAACUGCCUCAGUCUUCCUUUCUCACAAGAUGAUGCCACUCAUGUGCAAGACCAUUUCACUCUCCUAGAGAGACAGAUCGUCAUCGAGGCUGCUGACAAGAAAAACAACACAGAAAUCUUUAAAAGGUUCCCCAGAAAAGCUUCAGUCUUAAACAUGUCAAUCAUCACCACACUGUACUACUCCUGCUUCUACCACUAUGAAGAGUCUGAGGGUACUUUCAGUAGUCCAGCUAAUAUCAGGAAAACAUUCAGGAUCUCGGAAAAGCAGUACAUCCUUACAGCUCUUGGAGCUAGAGCAAAGUUAAAAUCCUGGGGGGAUGUUGAUAAUUUAUUUACCACCAAAAACUGGCUGGGUUACACCAAGAAGAGAUCUUCUAUUGGCUUUCACCGCGUCGUUGAUAUCCUGCAGAAAAACAACGCUCCCAUACAGGUGUUGGAAGUAUAUGUGAAUUUAAUUGACGACACAGAGAUGAAGCUCAGUCUGGCUCAGAAGUAUAAAUGCCAUAAGAUUGUUAUAGAUACAUGCAGGGAUCUGAAGGACCGUCAGCAGCUGCUUAUGUAUCAGGCGAAACUAGAGCAGGGUUCGCGUGAACGCAAAGAGAUUGAGGAGCUUUUUCAAAACCCGCAAAUUCGAUGGAAGAACUGAAUGUUGCUUAUACUGUGAAGAUUCAUUUUUAUAGAAUGUUUUCAAGGACUUUGUUCAGAUGCUACAGCAGAUGUACCGUUGGCUAGUGGAGCUUUGUCAUGGAAAUGGACUAAAGCGAAAAGCUCCUAUUUUAAGUUGUGCAACCAAAUACACAACUACACCAGAGCAACAAUAAUUUACUUUUUUAUUACUUAGUCCUAACAUGCAUUAAAAAAAUGCAAAAACAACUGUAUAAAUAUGAAAUACACUAUAUGGCCAAAAGUAUUGGGACGCUUGACCAUGAGAUUUUUGGACCUCCUAUUUAAAAAACUAUGGUAGUAAAAUAGUGUGAUCUAUAUGUGAUCUUUCAGCUAUAACAUCACCCACUCUUCUGACAAGGCUUCUCACAACAGUUUGAAGUAUGUUUGGGGAAAUUUGUGUCCAUUCAGUCAGAACGGCGUUUUCAUGGCUGGGCUCAGUUGAUGUUCCAGUUCAUUCAAAUCCUGUUCACUGGGGCUGAGGUCAGGACUCUGGAGCUUAUUUUAGCUUUCUGGAUGGUUUAAGGAAUAAACCUUUUGUCUUUAUAGACCUUCCUUAGUGCACAGAGGCACAGUCAUGCUGGAACAGGAAAGGGCCUUUCCUAAACUGUUGCUGCAAAGUUGAAAGCAUAUAAUUUCUAUUAUAUAAUUGAUUUAUUGCACCUUUUAGUUGUUAUGUCUGAAACACAUGCAUUUAAUCAUUAACAAGAGUGUUCCAAUACUUUUGUCCAUAUUGUGUAUUAUUAGCCGUGUUCACAGUACCAUGUAUUCAUGUACAAACAUUCCUUAUAACCUGCUUUUAUAAAAUUCAGCCACUGAUGAAUAAUUAAUAAUUUAUAAGAAGAAAAAUGUUUGGCUUUAUCGUUGUUUACUGUAAACAAAUCUGAACACAUUUGUAUGUAUGACGUCUUUGGCCACUUUGUUAGGAAUGCCAUGUACCACUAAUACUGUGUAGAUCAGGCACUGAUAUGGGAAGCUAUCUACAUAUUGCAAUCGACGUUUCAGCUCAUCCCAAAAGUGUACUGGAAUUCCUUCAUACCACAAUCCAUGUCAUUAUGGAUUUUGUUUUGAGAACAAAGGAACAUAUGGAAACAGAAAAGGGCCGUCCACAAAACUCUUAACACAAAGUUGGAGGCCUAAAAUUUAUUUUAUACACUUGCUAGCAAUGGGUGUGGCUGAAACACCUAAUAAUGUGGAAGGGUGUCCACAUACUUUUGCAUAUAGCAUAAACAAUGCUUGAUUGGUAUUAGAGGGCCCAGUGUGUUCCAUCUGCAUAUCAUGGCAGAAAGCAAAAUUUAUUAGACCAGACAAUGUUGGAACCCAUUAGCAUACUUUGUUGUUGUAGCCCAGCCACAGCAUUCUGAGAUGUUUUGUUUUGCAUAAGAUUUAAUUAAUUUAUUUAUUGCUCAGCUUAGGAAUGGUGGUUAUUUAAUUUACUGUAGCCUUCUUGUUCAUUAGUCUGACUGUUCUCUACAUCAGCAGCAAGUUUCUGCUGAACUCCCACUCUCGAUGUUUUUGCACUUUUUUGAAUAAACCUUUGAGGCUGCUUGUUCAUAAAGAAACCAAGCAGAUGGGCAGUUCCAGCUAAAUUAACUAGUCUGUCACAAACAACCAUGCCAUGGCCAAAGUUAGUCUGAUCACAUACUUUAUCCCAACCUGGUUGUUGAUGUGUAUGUACAUGAGGCUCUUCAUCGGUAUGAGUGAUUUCAUGCAUUCCACUGUUCUCAAAUAACAGGCUGAUUGGAAUAUAACAGGUGUAUAGAUGUUACUAAUAAAGUGUAGAAUUAAAAUGCUCACUCAUUUUGAAA